UGGACCCCGGAAGUUUUGAAUCUGAAAGUUGUUGUCCCGUGGAGCUAAAUUGUUUUCAUUUUUGAUUUUUCCAACUGUAUAUUCUUUAAACUCAUUUCUUCCGAGAAGUCCUCCAGAAUCGGACUUUAAAACCUUCCGCUGUCUUCCGGCUGAGUGAGCAGGCAGCCGGGGACCGCCGCUCUCUGUCCCGCCCGCAGCAGAGCCUCAUGUCCGGCUUCGGCCUGGUCCCGGUGGAUGGCGGGGAUCUGGUCCCGCUGCCGCCGGGUGAGACGGUGCUGGGCCGGGGUCCCUUCCUCGGGAUCAGUGACUCCAGAGUUUCCCGCCGCCACGCUCUGCUGGAGAACCUGGACGGACAGCUGCGACUCAAGCCGACCCACAUCAACCCGUGUUUCCUCCUGUCGUCCCCGAACGAUGACCCCCGACCCCUGGAGAGGGGCUCCUGGCACCGGCUUCACCCCGGAGAUCAGUUCUCUCUGCUGCCGGGUCGCUUCAUCUACCGGGUGGCGCCCAGGUACCCUCCUCCCAGGCGUUGUCAUGGUGAUGGUGGGGCGUCUGUCACUACCAGGAUGAGAAACAGUCAGAAGUUUGAGGAAGAAGACGGAGCUCUUCCUCUUCCUGUCGGGUCCGAUGCGGCAGCUCCUCUGGGUCAGGAACAGACUUCCUGUCCAGACAGGAACCGGCACAGCAGCGAUUUCAGGCAGGAAGUCUCGACUCCACGUCUGGACGGCGUUCAGAGCGAUGAGGCUCCGCCCCCUCCCAGGAGGCGGGUCUUACCUGCCUGGAUGAUGGCGGCUGCUGCGGCUCCAGCCUCCAAAGGCGUGAAGAGGAGUAAACCUGCUGCCUCUCAGGCCCCGCCCACUUUAUCCCCGCCACCUGAGGGGGCGGAGCUCCGUGAGGAAGACGCUGAGAGGCCGAGGAAGAAGAGUCGGGCAAUGAGCAGCGAGGAAGAAAUCCUCCCAACACAAACAGAUGACCUCUGGGAUGAGUCAACCUCCAGAGGUCAGAUCGGACCCAGCAGGUCAGGGGUCAGCUCUGCGCCGUCCCGCAGCGCAGCAGCUGAGAAAUCGCAGCAGGAGGAGAAGAAGACCCGGUCUGGAGUCAGAACCUCUUGUCCCUACGGGAAGGACUGCUACAGGAAGAACCCGCUUCACUUCCAGGAGAGCAGUCACCCUGGAGACGCCGACUACGAGGAAGAGGAGGAGGAGGAGGAAGAGCGACCGGAGUGUCCGUACGGCGCCGUCUGCUACAGGAAGAAUCCUCUCCACCGGAAGCAGUUCAGACACACGGAGCGACCCGUCCCCCGCUCCGCCGACGAUGACCCCGACGAUGACCCCGACGAUGACCCCGACGAUGACCCCGACAGCUUCAUCAGCGACGACUCAGGCGACGACUCGGACUACGAGCCGCAGGACGACCUGCGGCGGCAGAACGAGGCUAAGGCCUUCCUGAGGAAGAGGAGGAGGUAGAGGAGGAAGAUCGGGUCACAUGACCCAUCCGGCUGAAACUCUGAUCACCAGCCUGACGACAGGAAACACUAAAGGAGGGGGGUUUUCAAAUUAAAAGCUGUAGGUGUGGAGCCGGAAGCAGAAAAGGGAAAUAUUUUUAUUUAUUAAUGUUUCUGUUUUUUGUCCAGCAGUUUUAUUUCUGAUGCUUUUAAUGUGAAAACAUCAGGAAAUGUGAAACGAGAAUCAAUCUUUUAUUUUUAAACGGUUUCUUCUUUACUCCACUUUUUAUUUUUAAAUUAAAAGCUAAUGGGUGGGCUUUUAAUUUGAAAAGACAUUUAUUUCAAGAAGAAUCAGCUGAAGCUGUGUGACAUAAUAAUCAUAAGAAAUUUAGUUUAACAUGACUUUUAUUGUGAAAGGUCAGAGUUGAACAAAAUAAACAUUUCCUGACAUUAAGCCUCUAUUUAUUUUUCUUUCACAAUAAAAGUCUUGCUAGAUUUGAUUGGCUUUUAAUGUGAAAAAUGUAAAAAGUUUCUAAAAGUUAAAGUUGGAUGAAGACUCGUAAACUGGACUUCUAUCAUUUUAGUUUUUAUCUUAAAUAAAUCUGGAUUCAUUUUUAUUU